UCCCCAUUUUGCUCCCAGACAUGCUCCGCCUAUCUACCAUCUUUGUUCUACACCUUCGCUAGUUUAUUGAAAAAUACUCAUAUUUAAACGCAUGCCCUGGAUGCAUGUGACAACUAAAAUGGGAACGGUGUUUGGAAAUGUUCAGUAGUACCUGGCAGAGGUCGACACAAUGCCUUUCCCUACCAUUAACCAAUCGCAAGGGGUGCCACAGCCAACCAAGCACUAUGGGAUUACCUCACCCAUCAGCAUGGCACAGCCAAAGGAGGCUGACCUGGUACUCACUCAGAAACUCACGGAGGCCCUCAAGCCCUUCGGAGUGUUUGAGGAAGAACUGGAGCUUCAGCGCAGAAUCCUAGUGUUGGGGAAGCUGAACAGUUUGGUGAAAGAGUGGAUACGAGAAAUCAGUGAAACAAAGAAUUUACCUGCUUCAUUGAUUGAAACAGUUGGAGGUAAAAUCUUCACCUUUGGCUCUUACAGAUUGGGAGUUCACACAAAAGGUGCUGAUAUCGAUGCCCUCUGCGUGGCACCUCGGCACGUGGAGAGGACUGACUUCUUCUCCUCCUUCUAUGAGAAACUGAGGGAGCAGGAGGAAGUGAAGGAUUUGCGGGCAGUGGAAGAGGCCUUUGUCCCUGUGAUCAAGCUUUGUUUCGAUGGCAUAGAGAUUGACAUCCUAUUUGCAAGAUUAGCACUGCAAACCAUUCCAGAGAACCUGGACCUACGAGAUGACAGUUUGUUGAAGAACUUGGAUAUUCGCUGCAUAAGGAGCCUUAAUGGUUGUAGAGUGACUGAUGAAAUUCUCCACCUGGUCCCCAACAUUGACAACUUCAGACUCACCCUCAGAGCCAUCAAACUGUGGGCGAAACGUCACAACAUCUACUCCAACAUUCUGGGAUUUCUUGGUGGAGUGUCCUGGGCCAUGUUGGUGGCCAGGACCUGUCAACUAUAUCCCAAUGCUGUGGCUGCCACCCUGGUCCACAAGUUCUUCCUGGUCUUCUCAAAAUGGGAGUGGCCCAACCCUGUUCUCUUAAAGCAACCAGAGGAUUGCAACCUUAAUCUUCCAGUCUGGGACCCAAGGGUGACGCCCAGUGACCGGUACCACCUCAUGCCCAUCAUUACCCCAGCAUACCCCCAGCAGAACUCCACCUACAACGUUUCUGCCUCCACCCGGGCCGUCAUGGUGGACGAGUUUAAACAGGGUCUUGCCAUCACAGAUGAAAUACUGCAGAGUAAAGCAGAAUGGUCCAAACUAUAUGAAGCACCAAACUUCUUUCAGAAAUACAAGCAUUAUAUUGUGUUGCUAGCAAGCGCGCCGACAGAGAAGCAGCACCUUGAGUGGGUGGGCCUGGUGGAGUCAAAGAUUCGUAUCCUGGUGGGGAACCUGGAGAAGAAUGAGUUCAUCACGCUCGCACAUGUUAAUGCACACUCGUUUCCCGGACCCAAGGAAGGCAACGACAAAGAGGAGUUCAGCACGAUGUGGGUCAUUGGGAUUGUCUUCAAGAAAAUGGAGGGGUCAGAAAACCUCAAUGUGGACCUUACAGUGGACAUCCAGUCCUUCACAGACACUGUGUACCGUCAGGCGAUCAGCAGCAAGAUGUUUGAGCAGGACAUGAAGAUCACUGCCAAACAUGUGAAGAGAAAGCAGCUCCAACAGCUUCUACCCAGUAAUGUCAUACAGACCAGGCCAAGCAGGAGGAAGCACUCAACAGAGGGACCAAGGCCAAUGAAUGACAGCAGCCUGGACCUGUCACUGGAUAGUGACAACAGCCUGUCAGUGCCCUCUCCUCCCUCUGUGCCUGCAGCAGCCAAUAAAAUCAAUCCUCUUGGCUCCAUUGGGUUCACAGGAGCUAUGAUUACUGCUUCAGACAAAAUGGACACCUCUGGGAGCACCUCCCCUACCUCGCCUGUGCCCACGGCUCCCAAAUCCAUCCAGUCGCGUAAAGGCUCCAGCUCCAGCAGCAGCCCCCCCCCUCCUAUGGGCCCUCCAGCGGCGCCCAAGGCCUCCUCCCCCCCUCCUCCACCCGUAUCACCGCCAGAGGACAAGAGCAAGAAGCCCAAAACAGAGGAGACGGCCGCCCUGGCCUCCAAUGCCCCCAGCGGCGACUCCCCUACCUCUGGAGUCCUUCCUGUGAAACGCCCAGGGUCACCGCUGCCCGAGGACCAGAGCAAGAAACCCAAAGUAGAGGACGAAGCCAAGGGGCAGGUUGAAGAGGAGAUGGCCUCACAAGGCGAUGAAGCUAUGGAGACGGACAUUAAGGAGCUGGACCCUGAGCAGAAAGCACCAUCAGAUCAGCGUGCCUCCACCACGGACCUGUCUGACGUGCCUCUGCCCCCCGCCAAUCCCAUUCCAGUCUUGAAGAACUCCAUCAAGCUGCGCCUCAGCAGAUAGGGGGGCCAGAGCAGAGUGUAGCCGGGACAGCGGUCACCCGCACGCCCACCUCGCCAACCUCACCCAGACUCACUUCACCUUCAGUGGGCUGAGGGGAGGGUGGGGUAGAAGAGGCCUGACUGGGCCCCCCUCCCUCACCCCCCUCACAUACUGUACCCCAACAGAGAGUCCAACCUUUUCUUGAGUGAGGCACAGAUCCCCCUAGUCCUCACCUCAGGAUGCCAGGAUGCCGGAAAGGAGAUGAUGCAGCGUGACGCGUCCCUCACUGCCACAUCUGCUUCUGUCCACUAGAGGGCAGAGCUGCCCCUCGGAAGAAGUCCCUGAGAAAACCUCAACGCCAACGACCCUCCUCGAUUCUCCUCGCACUCCCGCCAAGAACAGACUGACGCACAAAUACUCUGUUGUGUCUUCGCACAUAAUUGUGUGGAGACUGAACGCGUACGUGUGUGCACGGGAUGGGGUGGGGUUGAUGUGUGUGUGUGUGUGUGUGUGUGUGUGUGUGUGUGUGUAUGUGUGUGUUUGCCUGCUUUGGAGUACUAUGAGAGAAAAGUGUAUGUAUACACACAGAUGCCUAUUUUUUGCCUGUUGUGUAUUUGUCUGUUGACAACACGGACAUUGCUGUAAAAAAAAAAAAAAGAAAACAAAAAACAAAUGUAGUGCUCAGGUCUUAUGGUGAAGUAUAUUGUGGCAUGUUUGCAUAUCCACAUUUCUGAGGUCAGUUCAGCUCACCUUGACUUUGCGUCUGCUGGAGUCGUAUGGCAUCGCGUGACAAGACUAAAGGAUUUCGUGUUGUCCGUCAGUGUCGAGGGUGUCUCAUGCUCAAAUUUUAAGGGCGUUGCUCAAACAGGGCAGGUGACUGUUGCGAUUCCCCUGCAAAUUAGACUGUUGCAGGUUCGAGCAAAUCAUUUGACCAAUCUUGUCUUUUCCUAUGCGAGAGAGAAAGAGACAACAUUUUCCGGCUUCCACUUCUCCUGUAUGGGAGCUCCGAGCUGUUUCUAGAGACUGUUGGAGAAACUACUGCUUUGUUUUAGUUUGUGAGCAGCAGUAGCUGACCAUUUAAAAGUACUCUUUUGCGUUUCUUAUUGCUCUCUGUGUGCGUGUGACUCAUUCAGAACCAUUAUAAGAUACAAAGAGAAAACCUUCAGCUGUUUAAGUUGAGCACACAGUUAAGCUUGGAUAGUUUCUUUUGAACGUGGUAUCAGUGGAUGCAGUUAAAAUAACAGUAAUCUCUACCAUUAUGUAUGUUUAGUGCUGAUGACCAAUUGAUUUUUUUUUUCUUUCUUUCUUUCUUUCUUUCUUUCUUUCUUUCUAUCGUUCUCUCUUAUUUUGCGUGCCCCAGAAGAUGGAAUGAGCUUGCAAUUACUUUUUUUUGAAAUGAAGAAUAGUUACAGAGACAAGGGAUUCUGUUUGUACGGUUCUUGAAAGUAAAAAAAAAAAAUUGUCAAAUUUCAGGUUUCACAAUUAUUUUCUUUCUCUCUGUCUCUGCAUAAACAGACGUGGCUUUGUCUUAAUUGUUUGUUUUGACGGUGCGAGGAAAGCUAAGAGUGCUGUAUACGGAAGCGUUCUGAUGUUCUCUACCUGGGGUAGAGAGAAAAUAUCACCACUGCUCACACACCUUUUUGGGGUCUUACAGUACUUACCCCUUUCUCAACUUUUCUUAGCCGUCUUUGUAAAAGUAAGGAUACUGUAAUUUUUUCCUCAAAUAAAGGUGUAUGUUGCAUAAAGA